AUGCACGAAAUACCUAGAUAUACCCAACUAGAUAGGAUUCGUGAAGGCAAAUUGAAAGACUUCGCAUGCUCACCAAUAUUGCCAUCAUCGGCACCAUGGAUCACUUCGUCUGUCUCGCGAUGUACUGUGCUCGCUUAUACAACCCACGCGGAUUUGCGGAGCUUUGCUGGUAUCUCGCUACCGACAGGCUACGAAGGAACGCCCGCCGCAGCGCUUCCUCCCCUGCCGGACUUCAAGGCGCUUAAGACCAUCGGCAGCGACGGCGCUUGGGAAGAGUCAAAGGUUCCCGGGCCCUCUAGAUUUGUACGCUCGUUGCUGAAUUGGCACUUCUACCUUCCUCGCGCAGGCGCUCUAACGCCCGGGGUCUUGGAUAUGUGGAUUCGGCUGGCGAGCGGGGAGUGUAUCACGCAGAGCGCCCUGGCGUACGUGGCGGUCUCAUUCCCGUUCAACCUACACCUAUUCCUUGCAGCACCCGAGCUACGCCAGCUCCUAGAAUCGCAGCAGGACCCAGGCGAGACGACAGAAAAGCAAGCCCAGCGAGAGGAGCUACAAGAGAAAAACAAGCAGCGCGCAGCCUUGUUGUUUCCGACAGUGGUGAUGAACCUGGAGGCGAAAACGGCUCUGCCGGAGGAGGGCGUUGAGUGGUUAGCCGUGCGGAUCACGUCAAAGCAGAUCAAGGAUGGGAGGUUCGAUCUCGAUAUGCUGAUAAGGGAUGUGGAGGGAGAGAUCGUAGCGUUAAGCCAUCAUGUUGCAAUGAUCCUGAGCGUUGAAAGAAAUGUUGGCAAACGGAACUUUUCAGGCAAGGCGGUGUUGUGAUUCACAACAACUUGUGAAAGCCAACAAACUUGAUGUAAUAUUUCAUAU